CACACACAUUCACGGUUGAUUGAUUUCACACCGGUCAGCCACAGAGAGAGUCCCUGCACGUAUCGUAUUGCCCUCCCCAACCGAUAAAAGAGUGAAAGAGUGAGGCACGCAGAAAGCUCUACAUGGGUUCUCACAUCACAGGCUAUCACACCGUCAUCCCUCUACACAUACAAACGCACACGGACGGAUGGAUGGACGGAUGGAGCUGCACAUGUCCUGUCCCCCCGUAUGACGCCCUCCCGUUGCAUCUAUCUAUCCAUGGCUGUUAAGACAGUCAUGUGAAGCCACAGUCGGUGAGGCACUCCAGGAACUUGCUGCAUUUGAUAGGGUCUGAACACGCACAGCGCACAACAAAGGGCAUCACAAUGGCUGUGUGUGUCAGCUCGAGCUUCGCGUCUGCACUUGGUCAUACUGACCAGGUCUGCAGAACUCAGCGGCCAUUUCGGUGACGAGCAGCAGCUGCUUGAUGCCGAUGGGGCUGCGGAUGCUCUGACACACCUGCACACGCACACACAGACACACACACACAUGGACACACACAGACGAACAAGUGCAGCACAGAAGCUGAUGUGACCUUUUGGACUUCUUGUUCGGGGAAGUCGCGCUUCUCCUUGUGCCGCUGGUCUAAGACCGUCUGCAGACAGACAGACAACAAACAGGCAGGACACACAAACAAAUCGUCCGUCGGGAUGACACAGCGGGAGUCUUGUUUGUCGUGUGACCCUGACCUACCUUUAUUUCCUGUGGGGAUGAGACCAUGGGAACACUCAGGUUCACUUGGAAACACUCUGCCAGGCCGGCGCUCUGCAAUGCACACACGACAGGAGGGCAUUCAUGUCACGGAUGCACACAUCACCUGGAUGGACAAACAACGGGUAGUCUACACACUGGCUGGCUGGACUGACCUACCUGCAGGAAUUCGAUGUGUGAGGUGGUGCCGAUGACGAGCAGCCGGCGGCCCUCCUUCUUGGGCGCCCUCUUGAUCAACACCAUCAGCGCCUGAAGGACCGUGUUCGAAAACCUACAUACGCAAUAUAUGUUCAGCAACAAGACAAGCACACCGACACAAACAAAGACGAAGCGUGUGCAUGUGCCCGGGGCGGGGCGGGGCGGGGCGGGGCGGCCCUCCUCCCUCGCUCACCUCGGCCCAAUGUUGACGAAGUCGAUGAGCCUCUCAAUGUUAUCCAACACAACUGACGUACACACACAUACACAUACACAUACGUCAUGUGGAUGGAUGGAUUGAGUGUCUGUGUGUGUUGAGUGUGGGGAUGUAUGCUCACUGAUUGAGAGUGAGCUCUUGUACGCGUCAUCGAACACCUUGGCGAUCGCCGCACACCGGGACGCCUCCUGCAAGCACACAGAGAGACAGACAGACAGACAAGCAUACACACAUGACCACCAAGUGCGGAGUGCAGCGCAUGGGUCUGUCUUUUGGCUUGACCUACCGAGUAGCCGACAUAGUUCUCAGGCGAGACGAACUUCAUGAAGGGGAAGGCCGCAUUCCUGGCCGUGUGGGCAGCCAAGGCUGUCUUGCCAGCACCUGAGUGACAACGACAGACAAUCCAAUCCAGUCAGUGUGUGUGCGCUCUCUCUGUCGGCUGCCUCGCGUCGCCUCACCGGUGGGUCCCUCGAGCAGUAUUGACAUGAGUGUGGUGGACUCGCUGUUUUUGACCUGGUCAGCCAGUGUGUGGCACGUUUGCUCGACCCGCUUGAAGUCCUGGCCGUAGUCAAUGAUGCCGCCGCUCACACAACCUGGCAGCAAACCACGAUCGACCCAGCAGUCAGUGCACGCUACGCUCAUGGACCAAGCCAAGCCGACCUUCGAACUCGUCCUCCUGCACCCCAAAGGCCGGCUUGACCUCAUUCAAUGCCAAGUCAAAGUCGGCCUGCCCAACCUGCACACACACACGCAACCCUCGAGGACACACACACAGACAGACAGACAGACAGACGGCGAGCCACUCACUCAGGAAAAGCGAUGCAUGAAUCGUUCUGUCUGUGUGUGUGUGUGUGACCUUGAUGUUCUGGACGUCUUUGGGUUUGGUGAGGUCCUGGACGUUGAUGUUCCGGUUGAACGCCCAGGAAGUGGCGCUGCGGACCAAACCCUAUCAGAGGGGCGGAGGGCGGAGGGUGGGAUGGAAUUCCAGGUAGGUCCAUCCAUCCACAGUCAGUGAACAGACUGGCAAGAGUGAGUAUGUACCUCAAUUUCAGCCCCCGAGAAGUUCUUUGUCCUGGUCGCCAGCUCUUGCAACGACACAUCCUGCAGGCAGGAUGCCAGCCAGUCACAACAUAUGAGCGGAAGGACAUCAAUCAAGGCAAAGAAACGAACGCCUUGUUGGCUCCUGCCUGACAUUUUCGAGUCUGUUGGAGUCCCUCAUUCUCUUGGUGUGAAUGUUGAGUAUCUGCACCCGGCCGUUCUCGUCGGGCAGGCCGAUCUCGACAUGCACCUCCAGACGACCAGGCCGCAGCAGCGCCUCGUCCAGCAUGUCGAAACGAUUCGUCAUGCCUAUCAACUGCACACAUACACACACACCCACACUCGCAUACACACGACACGAUGCGGCAUCGAAAACGGUGCGCUACCAUACCAUACACACAUACCAGGAUGUUGUUGAGAGCGUCCACGCCGUCGAUUUUCGACAGCAGCUGGUUGACAAUGCUGUCGCUCACACCCUGACACACACACACACAGAGAGAGAGAGAGGUGGAUGGCAGACACCCAGCCACCGACUGACUCAGCCAGCCAGUCAGCCAGGUAGGUACCGUGCUGUCUCUGGUGCUGCCUCGCGUCUUGCAGAUGGCGUCGAUCUCGUCAAAGAUGAUAAUGUGCAGCUGAGAGCCCUCGCCCAGCUGAUCAGAGGUAGAUAACACAGCACCACAGCACAGCACAGCACAGAUGACCCACCUCUCGUGUGUGGACUGGACUGCUGUGUGUCGCGUGCGUGCGUGCGUGUGUACCCACCUACCCACCCACCUUUUUGUAUUCGUCUUCUGCCUCUUUGAAGAGGUUCCUGAUGUUCUCCUCCGACUGGCCCACAUACUUGUUCAGCACCUCGGGGCCGUUCACUAUCUGCCACAACCCAAAGAACACAACACAACACAACAAACCACACACACACACACAUCCAUUUACGUGUGUGUCGUUUCAUCCAUUCGUUGAGUCACCUUCGGCUCCCGCGCUCUUAGGCACUGGCCGAUCUGCCUGGAGACACAGACAGACAAGGAAGGAGUCACUUUGGAACGACAAACACGCAGGCGGGCCUUUUAGCUCCUCUGACUGACCGUGCAAUGAGGGUCUUGCCCGUCCCAGGGGGGCCGUACAGCAACAUGCCUACCGACCAACGACACACAACACAUCCAUCCAUCCCUCCCUCCCUCCCUCUGCGUGUGCACUGGUUGUGUCUUCCCAUCCCUCCUCCCUCCCACCGACCCUUGACGUGGUUGAUUCCCAGGUCCUCGAUUAUUGCAGGCGGGAAUACGCGGGAAGCAAAGGCCCGACGAAAAAUGUUGGCAAACUCCUGACAUGAAUGACAUGUGAGAGACAGAGAGAGAGAGGGAGGGAGGGAGAGGGAGAGAGGGAGAGAGGGGAGAGGUGGAAGCGAAAUAGAGGGACGAUGCAGGCAGGCAGUCCUCGUUGAUGUGCAUGUCGACUGUGGCGGACAGACCUUGUCGAGUCCUCCGAUGCCCAGCUCCUCAAAGUUGAAGUCCGGACGGAAGAUGCUACGCUGAGAGACAGACAGGCAGACAGACAAACAUGGAGGCAACCGGCACGCAAAACCAGAAAAUACUUCUUAUGGGCGGGGCCCGCGAGUGGGUGAAUACGUGAGGCCCUCCCUCCUCACCGCUGUAGCUCUUCUGCUGUUGAUGCGCACGCGGCCCUCUCCGUCGGCUCUGAAGGUAUACUGAGCAAGCCGCCACCAGUCCACACAAGACCUGCCACGUGCACCAUAGAUGCCCUAGUACCUCUGUGCCGUCGGUCAGCAUGCCGUGAUGCAUUGCUGCGCAAACACAUACACACACACGCACACACACACACACACACACACAGACAGACAGUGCAUGGACCAUCGUCCCCUCUUGCGCCGACAUCCAUCCUCAUUACGUGCGUGACGCCUCGACUGAGGCUUGUUGAGGGCUUUGUUCUCGCCGAUACCGACGUCGAGCUGCUGGAGCUCGCCGGUCGUGAGGACGAGUAUCUUCUUCUGCCAGUUAAUGAUGAUCGGCUGACCGAUGGUCACCACCUGACGUGAUGUGACGCUCGACCAAACAAGGGAGGGACAAAUAAAUGAGAAAGGCGGUGUGUGUGAGUGGCUUAGCUUGCUCACUGACGUACGUGUCCGUUGAGGGACUGUUUGAGCUCGUCCUCCAGCUCGGUGUCCUCGAUGACCAGCUUCUCACCUACACACACCCACACCCCAGACAGACAGACAGACAGACUCUCUCUCGGUGUGUGUUGAUGGAUCUUAUCCAUCUUACUUUUGGUGAAGAGGUCGACCUGGAAGUUGCCCACUCCGACAAGAAUGUUGUCACGCGCAGCCACAUACGCUGACAUACACACACACACGGACACCGCCACGACCCGGUCGUGUCGUCAGGCAAGUUACAUUCCCUGUGUUUUGUUUUCCGCCCCCUCAUUGAUUCAGGCGCCCGUCUAUAUAUGUACCUGUGACUUCCUGCUCAUCUUUGGUGGCGAGCCUGAGGUGUCCCCUGACCAUCCUGUUGACGCCUAUCUCCCCCUGCUGCACCCUGUUGUCAGACCUGAACGACACCACACCACGACAGACACCAGUGAGUGACACCUCCCUCCAUUGUGGCAGGAAAACACACACAAACCCACCCACCUGCAGUUGAUGACGCAGGUUUUGAGGUUGACUCGGAGGCACUGCGGGUCGCCGCCCCGCACACUAGACACCAACUGGCUGUAGUCAUCCGGGUGGACGUACACCUGACAGACAGACAGACAGGCAGACAAGACGGGAGUGUAGGAAAAGAGAAGCAACGAAAGCCGCUGCUUUGGUGCUGACGCAGUUGGUGUAUGAGAGGUCAUUGGAGGGCAGGUUCUGCACAGCGAGCCUCAUCGGCUACACCCACACGUACACGACGAGAACAACGCCGACUUUAUCUUUUCUCAGCCGACACAAAGCCUCAAGGCA